UCUGUCGUUGUUUGGCCCUCAACGAAACAUCCGGAGUGUUCUCCUGCUUACUCCUCCCCGCGUAUAGAAACCCCAAGCAUUUCCAUUUCCCGAAUCUCUCAGCCACGUCAUCACAGACAAUCACCCUCGGCGCCAAACCGGUCACUCGGAUUCUCUCUCCGGUCACAAAAUGGAUCCGGUUCUUACAAUUACGGCUCUUUCGGUUCUGCUCGGCGCUUUAAUCGCGGCCGCCUUCUUUGGGAGCUACUUGAGCAAACGACGAUCGGAGGUCCAGUCCAUCGCGAAAGCGGAACCCCAAUCGGAUCCGAAGAAGCACCCGAGGCCUCCUCAGCCCAAGAAGUCUCACUCCAAAGCUCACUCCCAUUCUGAUAAAGAUCAAAACAAACGGCAUCAUCCGUUGGAUUUGAACACUCUGAAGGGUCAUGGUGACUCGGUUACUGGGAUAUGUUUUUCCUCUGAUGGGCAAAGUUUGGCAACGGCUUGUGCUGAUGGAGUGGUCAGGGUGUUCAAGUUGGAUGAGGCUUCAAGUAAGAGUUUCAAGUUUCUGAGAAUUAAUUUGCCUGCGGGAGGCCAUCCAACAGCAGUUGCAUUCUCUGAUGAUGCAUCUUCUAUAAUCGUGGCUUCUCAGAUGCUUGCUGGUUCCUCUUUGUACAUGUAUGGGGAGGAAAAGGCCAAAGCUCCUGAUGAAACUAAACAACAAGCCAAGCUUCCUCUACCAGAACUUAAAUGGGAACAUCACAAAGUCCAUGAGAAAAGAGCUAUUCUGACCCUUGUUGGAACUACUGCAAGUUAUGGAAGUGCUGAUGGGAGUACAAUUCUUGCCUCUUGUUCAGAAGGAACUGAUAUCAUCCUUUGGCAUGGAAGAACUGGUAAGAUUUUGGGAAAUGUUGACACAAAUCAGUUGAAAAAUACCAUGGCCGCCAUAUCACCAAACGGGCGUUUAAUUGCUGCCGCAGCUUUUACUGCAGAUGUGAAGAUCUGGGAAAUUGUAUACUCAAAGGAUGGUUCAGUCAAGGAGGUUUCAAAAGCUAUGCAGCUUAAAGGGCAUAAGAGUGCAGUAACUUGGUUAUGCUUUGCUCAUAACUCGGAGCAAAUCAUCACAGCAUCCAAAGAUGGUUCAAUAAGAAUAUGGAAUAUCAAUGUUCGGUAUCAUCUUGACGAGGAUCCAAAAACUCUGAAGGUGUUUCCAAUACCACUUGAUGUUUCAAGUGGUGCUACUUUGCAUUAUGAUCGUCUCAGUAUAUCCCCUGAUGGAAGGAUAUUAGCAGCAACCCAUGGUUCGACAUUGCAGUGGUUAUGUAUGGAAACUGGGAAGGUUUUGGACACGGCUGACAAAGCACACGAGGGUGACAUCACAUGCAUUUCAUGGGCGCCUAAGGCCAUUCAUAUGGGAGAUGGAGAAGUUUUGGUUUUAGCCACAGCCAGUGUUGACAAGAAAGUGAAGUUGUGGGCAGCUCCACCAAUUCACUGAUCCUAAAGGAAUCUUUUAGUGGACUUCUGUGAAGCAAUGCAUGAAGAAGAUCUACAUCUUACUUAUUCGACUGCAUUAGAUAUGCUUCUCUAGUUGUCAGCCUUGGUUCCUCCAAGGGUUAAUACUUAAUAGUUCCAACAACUUCCUCGAUGAAAGCUACCUACACUUUAGCUGAAAGGUCAAAUGCAGGGUCUUCAGGAGUAUCGAAAUUCAGAAAGCAAAAUCUUACUUUUCACUUGCAUAACUUGAUCUCACCGAAAUUUUGGUUACAAAGUUUAAUACAGAAAUAGAUGAUGUGGUUGAUUUUGACCGACCUUAAAGCAGGUGCCUCCAUAUCCAUAUGUCUUUCAUUUGGUGUGGCUUGGAAGACUUGGGAGGUGCUUUCUGAAUUAUCAGUAUUUACUAAAACUUACCUUUUCUAUGACA